AUAUCAAUAUAUUAUAUACAUGCAAUUCAAUUUGUCUUUCGGUUUUGAUUUUAUUUGUACGCAAUUGCUGUGUGAAAAUUCAGAACGUGAAAAACAGCACUCUACUCUCCAAGAGCUUUGCUGCAUUGUGGAACAAUAACUUGCUCAAUUUUUGCAUUGAAUGAAACAGUUGAAAUUGGAUGCAUAUUAUCACGUCAAAGAGGAUAAUCCUUUUAGGCACGAAACAAACAUGGAAAAUACACUUGAAUCUUCCAUCAAUCCACAACACAAAAAGAUAUCAUCCAGAUGGGAUCCAGUCGAAGCAUGUCGGCCUAUAAUCGGUGAAACACCUGUGUUUUAUCCAACGUUUGAGGAGUUUGAAGACACGCUUGGUUACCUAGCUAAGAUACGUCCCUUAGCUGAACCGUAUGGCAUAUGUAAAAUUGUCCCUCCAGCUUGCUGGUCUCCACCUUGCCCUCUUAAGGAGAAAGAGAUAUGGGAAAAUGCUAAAUUUCCGACCCGUAUUCAGCAAGUUGAUUUGCUUCAGAACCGGGAGCCGAUGAGAAAGAAAAGUAGGGGAAGGAAACGAAGACGUGGAAAGCAGUCAAAGAUGGGAACAUGUAAUAGGAGAACUGGAAAUUCAUGUUCUGAAGCUAAUGCUACUUCCGAAUCUGAUGAUACGUUUGGAUUCCAAUCAGGGCCAGACUUCACACUUAAAGAAUUUCAGCAAUAUGGAAAUUCUUUUAAAGAUUGCUACUUUGGGUUGAGUGAUGCCAAAGAUGGUAAAGGUAGCGAUAAUAAUCUCCAUGAGAGACGACAACCGUCUUUGGAGGAUAUUGAAGGUGAAUACUGGCGAAUAAUAGAGAAACCGACCGAUGAGGUCGAGGUGUAUUAUGGAGCUGACUUGGAAACUGGAGCACUUGGAAGUGGUUUUCCUAAGACAUCAUCCUUAACUGAGAGUGAUUCCGAUUUGUAUGCUAUGUCUGGCUGGAAUUUGAAUAACUUUGCGCGACUUCCAGGUUCUGCAUUAUGUUUUGAAGGAAGUGACAUCUCAGGGGUUUUAGUUCCAUGGCUGUAUGUUGGAAUGUGCUUUUCCUCAUUUUGCUGGCAUGUUGAAGAUCAUCACCUCUAUUCACUUAAUUAUCUGCACUGGGGUGACCCAAAAGUAUGGUAUGGUGUACCUGGGAGUCAUGCUUCAGCUAUAGAAGAUGCAAUGAGGAAACAUUUGCCUGAUUUGUUUGAAGAGCAACCAAAUCUACUCAACGAGUUGGUGACUCAGUUCUCUCCUUCAAUACUUAAGUCCGAGGAGGUUCCUGUGUAUCGCACUGUCCAGCAUUCUGGGGAAUUUGUUAUCACGUUUCCAAGGGCAUACCACUGUGGCUUCAGCAGUGGCUUCAAUUGUGCAGAGGCUGUGAAUGUGGCUCCAUAUGAUUGGUUUAUGCAUGGUCAGAACGCUGCAGAGAUUUACAGUCUACAGUGCCGUAAGACAUCCUUGUCCCAUGAUAAGUUGUUAUUUGGAUCUGCUAAGGAAGCUGUACAUGGCCUUUCAGAGACAACUCUUAAUGGAAAAGAAAAUCUAAAAUGUUUAAAUUGGAGAAAUGCUUGUGGGAAAGAUGGUGUUCUUACCAAUGCAGUUAAGACAAGGAUAAUGAUGGAAAAAGAGAGGCUUGAAUGGCUUCCGAAUCAUUUAAAGAUGCUGAAGAUGGACAAUGACUUCGAUUCGGUUGAGGAAAGGGAAUGUUACUAUUGCUUCUAUGACUUGCACCUCUCUGCUGUUGGUUGCGAGUGCUUUCCUGACAACUAUUCAUGUCUUAGACAUUUCAAGUUGUUUUGCUCAUGCGAAAUGGAUAAAAGAUUUGUUCUGGUUCGUUAUACAAUAGAUGAGCUAAGUACAUUGGUUGAAGCAUUAGAAGGAGAACCACGUGCAAUAGAAGCGUGGGAAACUAGAAACAUUGGAGUUGUUUCUGCUAGUGUUGAGGAUGCUUGCAUGCACGAACAAGAUAUGGAGAGAGUCAUGUGCAAAACUGAGAAUUACAAAGAAUGGAAAAUAUCGCCUUCUUGUACAGGAACUUAUGAGAGGUUAAAUUCAAAUUUACCUAGCAGUCCUCACAGUCACAUUUCUUCAGAGUUGGUCCAUUCAGAGGCUCAUCAUGAAACUUCUCGUACACCUUAUGUGGAUCUGACUGGUGAUAUGGACAACAUGAAUGAUACUAUGUUGGUCAUGGACAAUAAAGUUAAGGAGGAUAAGGGAAGUUCUUUGUAUUUGAAUAUUGGUGAUAUCUCUGAUAAACCUGAAAAUUCUUUGCUAAAUAUAGCCGAAAUCCAUCACAAUAAGUGUGUUCCAUAUGCGGAAAAAGUUACUAGUGCAGAGAUCAGAAAAGAACGAGACAACAUAGAACUUAGUGCUGGUGGUAUGUCUGUCUUGGAAAAUGAACCUUCACCAUGUCCAACUAAUGUUCGAAAUUCCGGUACACUUGAUGGUUAUAAAUUGUUUGGUGUCAAUCUGCAAAUGCACUCAGAUUUAGGACAGAAACUCAAUAGUACAUUUGAAACGGGAGUUCUAGACACCUCCAAUACAAGUAUAUCUUUGACAAACCAAAGCUCCCCAAUGAAAAAGUUUAGUAUUUCGGUUGUGCUUGUUAGUUUGGGAUCUGUUGUGUAUAGAAAACAUUGGUGCAGUAAGCAUGCAAUAUAUCCAAAAGGAUUCAAGAGUCGUGUAAAGUUCUUUAGCAUUCUUGAUCCAGCAAGCAUCUGUAACUAUGUUUGUGAAGUCAUUCCUGGUGGAUUUCUUGGCCCUUUUUUCAGGGUUACUUUGGAAGAACACCCCAACGAGCUUUUCACAAACACCUCAGCAGAUAAGUGCUGGGAAUCUGUUAUUGAUAGACUAACCUAUGAAAUAAAUAAGUGCAAGAGUCUCGGUGAACUAGACAUGCCUCCCUUGGAGCUACUGCACAACAUCAAUGGUCAUAAAAUGUUUGGAUUCCUUUCGCCGUCCAUUAUUCAGUCCAUUGAAGCUCAAGAUCCCAGUCAAGAAUGUGUAGAGUACUGGAAUCACAAACAAGUUAAUUCUGGAUCUUCAGGCAAAGCAAUUGAUGACUCUAAGUUAACUUGUGGUUCAAGUAAUAGCUCUCUAGGUGACUCGAGGACCAAACUUUUUGGUGUCGAUUUGAUAAAGCUGGAGGAGGAUGACAUAGGAGAAAGUUAUCAUUCGUUUGAAGAGAUGAAGUUGAUUCUAGAAAGAUUCCUGAAAAGGGGAAGUCCUGACGAGUUACGAGCAAUGCGCCAGUUAUUCAGUUCUGAUGCACAAUUAACUCAGUGGAGAGCUGCGCUGAAAGUGCUGAUAGAGAAAAUCCAGAAAGAUUGUGAAUAAAACAAGAAUAUGAUCUCAAUUACAUUGGAAUCUAAAUAAAUGGUCAUAUUUCAAUUUAGUCAUUAGUUGUGUCCAUUCUUGCAGAGACAAAAUACUGCUACUUGAGAUGGAUGCCAUUGGAUCCAUUGUAUGUGCUAAUUUCAUUGAUACAGUCCAACUUUCCUUAUAAUUAUAUACAUCUGUUGGUCGGAUUAUUAGUUUUUGCA